GGCGCAAACACAAUAACAUCAAAAAAACAUUAUUUCGUACCCUUGAUAGGAUAAAACAAUAAAAUAAAUAUUUACUUACAUUUUCUGCUCAUCAAUCCUAUACCAGCUAUAGGUUCGAAUCAACAAAACGAUCCGCUAUUAUUCAAAGCCUACAUUCUCGACAACUCGAACGCUCAUUAUCGCACCCACCCGAAGAUCUCUCGAGCGCAUACCUACAUUCGACUCGUCGCAACGUUGGUGUUUCGAGUCGCCACGCUUGGGAAUAAGGAUAAUUAGGAAUAUUCGAUAAAUGCAAUCGAUUGGAUUCCACAUACUAUAUUCAAGAUGCCAGCCCGCGCAUCUGCGAGGUCCACACGUACUUCCGCCGCCGUUUCUCACAAGGCUUCUAAUGCGACUCUAAACUCGCGUGCCUCUGCGGCAUCUCGCGUGUCGUCUUCCAAUAUCGAUGUUCCCGAAGAAGCUCCAGACAACCAACUACGAACCCAGAUAUGCGCAAUAUUUCGCGAUGCGCAAAAGACCACCGCAACUCAUAGAAAGCUGGCCGUCAACCUCCGCAAGAUCCAUGAAGCCUGUUGUUACGAGCCGACGCGCUCCAACAAGACCUCUCCAACUGAGUUCGACGAGGCCGAUUUCAAUAAUGAGUUCUCACGGUGUGUUCUCAGAAUUAUGCCCGUGAAAAAGAGCGAAAGUGUUGGCGAGAAGACUAUACGCUUCGUGGGUCUGUUCCUGCGACACGCCAACGACAAGGAUAACGAGUUGCUUGGGGAGGAAGAUGUCGAUGCUAGUACCAUGCCUGAGACCCCAAGCACUCGUCUUACCAAUCAGGUAAUGGAGGCCAUCUUGCCCUUACUUACUGCUAAGGACAAAUUCGUUCGAUAUAGAGCAACUCAACUUAUUUCCCAUGUCAUCAACUCCCUGGAUGCCAUCGAUGAUGACUUGUUCCAAAAGCUACGUUAUGGUCUUCUUAAGAGAAUCCGUGACAAGGAAGCAAUGGUGCGUUCGCAAGCCGUUCUUGGUCUCGGCAGACUGGCGGGGAAUCAAGUCGAGGGUAUGGCGAACUCUGAAGAUAGCGACGAUGAUGUAGAAACCGGGUUGCUUGAAAAGCUCCUCGAAGUUUUGCAAAAUGACCCUAGCGCUGAUGUGAGACGCUCGCUCCUCGUCAACCUGCCUAUCCUACCAAAUACUCUCCCUUAUCUCCUCGAAAGGGCUAGAGAUCAGGAUCCUGCCACGCGUCGUGCGGUCUAUUCCAGGUUGUUACCCGCACUUGGCGACUUCCGACAUCUAUCUCUCUCAAUGAGAGAGAAGUUACUCCGGUGGGGUCUACGGGACAGAGAUGAGAACGUCCGAAAGGCUGCUGGGAGACUAUUCCGGGAGCGUUGGAUUGAGGAUUGCGCAGGCGUAAAUCAGCCCGAAGAUGGUGAGCAACCGGCCGGAUCGGCUCCUCCAAGCAUGGAGGGUCUUCUUGAGUUACUUGAGCGUAUCGACAUCGUCAACUCUGGUGUCGAAAAUGGCGUCGCAUUAGAGGCAAUGAAGGGUUUCUGGGAAGGAAGACCGGACUACCGAGAUGCCGUAGAAUUCGAUGAGAAUUUCUGGGAAACACUUAAUGCAGAAUCGGUUUUCAUCGCGCGGAGCUUCAACCAUUUUUGCAAGACUGAAGGCAACGGAAAAUAUGAAUAUCUGACUGAGAAACUGCCUGAGGUUGUGAAGCUUGCCGACACUCUUGAAAGCUACUUUGAUGCCCUUAUUAAGGCCAUUGGGAGGGUUAAUAACCAGGAUAACGUCGAAGAGGACGAGGAAGAGGACACAGUUGACCAGGAGUUUAUCGUCGAACAAUUGCUACAUAUCGUUCUCACGUUAGAUAAGGACGAAACUGGUCGACGCAGGCUGUUCGCCCUGUUGCGGCAAAGUUUGUCCAUACCGGAAUUACCGGAUGAGAUUACCAAACUCACCAUUGAAGUACUCCGAGAUAUAUGUGCACCCGACACAGCUGGCGAGAAAGAGUUCUGCAGUGUUGUCCUUGAGGCUGUUGCCGACGUUCAUGACACUAUUGUUGAUGAUGAAUCUAAUGUUGGCGACGGUGAAGAAAGCUUCCAUUCAGCUCGGUCAGAGGUUAGCGGCGACAGUACUCCCACUAAAAAAGGGAAGCAUGGUGCAGACGCCAGCAUAAGUGAAGAGGAGGCUCGAGAGAAAGCAAUCAAGGAAAUCAUGAUCAACAUGAAAUGCCUUCACAUUGUCCAAUGCAUGCUCUCCAAUGUUGAAGGGACGCUACAGGAGAACGACCAUUUGGUUUCUAUGCUGAACAACUUGGUCGUGCCGGCAGUUCGCAGUCAUGAAGCUCCAGUUCGAGAGCGUGGAUUGGUUUGCUUAGGAUUGUGCUCGCUCCUUGAUCGACCGCUUGCCGAAGAAAAUCUUACUCUUUUCAUACACUUCUUCAGCAAAGGCCACUCAGCUCUUCAAAUCACAGCACUUCAGAUUCUAACAGAUAUCCUGAACGUCCAUGGAGCGCAACUCCUGUCAGCUAACCCAACAUUGCUGAAAGUAUAUAUCCGUGCACUCCGAUCCGGUUCCAAGAACCCCGAGGUUCAAGGUGCAGCGACAGUAGCCGUCUGCAAGCUUUUGCUCGGCCGCGUGGUUACGGACCCCGAGACAGCAGCAGAACUGCUCAAAACGUUGAUAGUUGCCUACUUUGACCCUUCAACGGCAGGGAACCAAAGCGUCCGACAGGCUCUGAACUAUUUCCUACCCGUUUUCUGCUAUUCAAGAGUCGAAAACCAGGAACUCAUGGGUUCCGUGGCACUCGACGCCCUGCAUGCUCUUUAUAACGUCAGAGAAGGUCUUGAUGAUGAUGAAAUAGACGUUGGCGAUGAAAUGGCCAGCCUCACUACCAUUGGUGCUUGUCUGGUAGAUUGGACAGAUCCCCGAAAGUGCUACACACCAGGUAUCCCCAUGGAUGCGGACAGGAAAAAUGUGAAUGGAGAUGUUCACCUUGAUUUGGCGAGAGAUAUUCUCGAUAAAUUAAGCAGCAAUUUUAGCAAAGAGGAAAAGAAGGUCAUCGCGCCUCUGCUGGGGAAACUGUACGUGUCGCCAACCUCUUCCGAGGAGAAGAUACGCAGUUUGUAUGAAGAUAUUUCGGCGGCUGUUGAAGAUAAUCUCCUAUCCGACGCGACAAGUAGGAAUGCCCUAUACAAGAUCCAUGUGAACUUAGGCAAGAUUGUCAACCAGUUGGGAGAACAAGAUAAGAUGUCUAGACGAAGCGGCAGUAGGAGCGUUUCCCUUGCUCCAGACGACAAGACCAUAACGGAAGACGUCACUGUCGUACCAGAGCCGACUAUCAAGGAAAAACAGGAAGACGUCACAGAAGAUGAAAUAGAUAUCUCUGCAACAACGGUUCGCCGGAGUGAGGGUGAUUCGCUGGUAGAAGACCUAUUAACGGACGAGGAAGCAUGAUGAGCACGGCUUGGAUACAAGGGAGUUACGUUUCGGGUUUAUGUGAUGAAUGAGUGAAUGUCGCGCGCUUCUUUUGGUUUGGCGGAGGGGUCGUUCAACGUAGUCUUCUGUCGUUCGGAAGAUACUAAUUAAAUUACUUCCCAUAUUAGUGAUGUCUUAAACUGUUAGUACCCUUGACGAAAAAUGUGUUGCCCAUCUCGCAGUUUAUUUAGGAGCAAGUGGUAAUACGAAUCCUACAAUGCCCACACUUGAAGCCAAA